AGUAAACAUGUGUGCACUCGAGAGCCCACUGGCUUCUAGUGUGAAAACUGCCAGAGGAAUACCGCCAUUUCGCUCAAGCUUUUUCCCGAUGAGCUCUGAAACCGGGGAUGACUUUUAUCAGUCAGAGGAUGACCUGGAUGAGGACGAGGCCAUGCAGUAUAUCAUUGAACAGAGUCUGAUUCAGUAUAGGAAACUCAAGGGGUUGAAUCCAAGUGAUCUAAAGCCCAGCACAGAUCCUGAUGAGAUUUUCAAAGCAAUUAGGGAUGGGGAUGAGGUGGCACUGAACAGACUAGCAGAGCAACCUGAGACUCUGUCUAGAGUUGAUGAGCGAGGAUGGAUCCCCCUGCAUGAGGCUUCAGUGCAGGAUAACAAAAAGAUACUAGAAAUUAUCUUCUCAGAGUCCCCCCCAGGAGCAGCCCAGUGUCGCACUUUAAAGGGUGAGACACCUCUGUUUCUAGCUGUGGUCCAUGGGCUUAGACAAAAUGCCAUAUUCCUGUUACAGAAUGGUUGCAGCCCAAAUGUUCAAAAUGAUGAGCAGGACUCUCCACUGGUGGCAGCUAUUAUGAAUGACCAGUAUGACUUGGCCACACUUCUCCUUCGGUACAAUGCCACUGUAGACCAAACAGGACCCCUCAACAGGACCGCUCUACAUGAGUCUGCCUUUUUAGGCUUGGAGAACUUUGUACAUUUGCUAUUGGAGUCAGGUGCCAACCCGAAUGCACUUGAUAUUAAAAGCAAAACUCCACUUGCUCUGGCUGCACAGAACGGGCAUCUGAAUGUGGUGGAGACUCUGUUGGAAAAAGGAGCCCAUGUGAGAUCAGAGACAGAGUCUGGUACCGUAUUAUUUGAUGCAGCAGCAUCUGGAAACCCUGACAUAAUCUCCUUGCUCUUGGACCAUGGAGCAGAUCCCAAUUUUCCUCUUCACAGCGGGCACCUGCCAAUUCACCGUGUGGCAUACCACGGGCACAGACUAGCCCUGGAAGCCCUCAUCCCUGUUACCAAGCUACAGGCUAUCAAAGAAAGUGGAAUGAGUCCACUUCAUUCUGCUGCUGCUGGAGGACAUGCUCAGUGUAUUGAGAUUCUGCUCAAGGCGGGCCAUGACCCAAACUUUAUGCUCCAUCCAAAGAUACGCCACAGUUAUGAUGAUGAGCGCCGGUCUGCCCUCUUUUUCGCCGUGUCCAACAAUGACCUUCACUGCACCCGCUUACUGCUAGAGGCUGGGGCAAUGGUGAACCAGGAUCCUGUCAACUGUCUGCAGAUAGCACUCAGACAGGGCAACUAUGAACUCAUCAACACUUUGCUGAAAUACGGAGCAAACGUGAAUUACUACUCCAGAAUCAAUACCACUCACUUCCCCUCAGCCCUGCAGUAUGCCUUAAAAGAUGAAGUGAUGCUGAGGAUGAUUCUGAACAAUGGUUAUGAUGUGAGGCGUUGCUUUGACUGUCCUUACGGUGAAAGUUCUCAUGACUAUGCUCCUUGGACAACCUCAGUCAUCAAAGACAUGGUGUUCUGUGAGGUAAUAACAGUGUCCUGGCUAAAGCCCUUGUCUGGCCAGGUGGUGCGCAUCAUGCUGGACUACACUGACCAUGUCUCCUUCUGCCCUAAAUUAAAAGAAACCUUGCAGCAACAGAAUCAAUGGCCAGAAAUCAGUCACAUUCAAAGAAGUACACGGAGCCUGAAGCACCUGUGUCGGUUGAGGAUAAGGGAACAUCUCAGCCGUCUGCGCUUGAGAGCCCCAGUUUUUAUCAACUUCCUUCCUCUUCCUCCCAGACUGAAAGACUAUCUCCGUUUUAAAGAGUUUGAUGUUUAUAGCAGGGGGAGCAUGGUUAACCCAUAACCCGUGUUGAAGUAAAAGUCAAAGAAUUUACUGAUAUCAACAUGUCUGAUAAGAUAGCAUUGAAUUUCAGUCAUACCUUACCAUAAUUAGAGUUGUUUUGGUGUGUUUCUCUUGUGGAAAUGUGGUUUUUGUAAGAUUUUUAUCUUAAUACAUUAUAGAAUGUUUUUUUUCUUUUCAUAUAAAAAGUUUUAAAUAGGUUCUCAUGGAGACAAUAAUAAAAUAAAAAUAAGGGUCUGUCUAGCUCUUAGAAUCUAAAAUAUAUUUUAUAGGUAAACUUAAAAAAUGACAGUAACUGUAUAAAUCUUUAAACGGUGCCUCUACAGCACUCCUUUGUGGUGGAAAACAAUAUUGCAGAAGUGGGAUAA